GUCAGCAGCAGUGAGGAAGCUCGCUCGGAGUGUUUGGGUCGGUUCGGUGUCAGCAUGAGCGCAGCUCUGCUCUCCGGGUGAGGAUGACCCUACUGCCCAGGACCGAACCUGGACUCACAAUCAGCGGGACAGCGGCGAGAGAUGCGGAUCUCCGAGCCGACGAGCCAUGGUGAUGAUCAGCUCAGUACUGAAAGUGCUGCAGAGGCAGACCUACACCUGUCUGUCUCACCGCUACGGACUCUACCUGUGCUUCGGAGGGAUAGUGCUCAUGAUCGUGUCCGCCUUUCAGUUCGGAGAGGUGGUGGUGGAGUGGAGUCGGGAUCAGUAUCAUGUUCUUUUUGACUCCUACAGAGACAAUGUGGCUGGGAAGUCCUUCCAGACACGGCUGUGCUUACCCAUGCCCAUUGACGUGGUGUACACCUGGGUGAAUGGUACAGACACUGAUUUACUGAAGGAUCUCCGUGCAGUGAGGCAACAGCUGGAGGAGGACCAGAGGAAACUGAGGGAGAAGCUGGGGAAGAAUGCAACUGACACUACUGAGGCACCCAAAGGAAGGCCUGAAUGUCUCCUGUCCCACUGCAUCAUGGCUCCUGCCCUGGUGUUGGACCCAUCGCUGCCUGCUAACAUCACAGUGAAGGAGCUGUCCUCUCUCUCGGCAGCACUGUCCUCCACGAAGCAGCUCCUGCAGGUGGCCAAACCUCUACACCCCUCAACCAGCGUCUCUGUUCUCCUCUUCCACUCCCAGAGUGAAGCGGAUAAAGCUCAUUUAGAUGCACCAAAGGACAUUCCGAAACACUCUGUCUCCAGAGCCUAUCUGACAACAGAUAAGGAUGCUCCUAGUCUGGUGCGGAUUCAGACGCUGGCCUACCUGAGUGGCUUUCCUGCCUCUUUUAAAGAGACUGAGCAACUGAGGAUCAAGCUGCCAGCUGUGGUGACCAGCAAAAUCAAACAGCUGCAGCUGUACUCUGAGGCCAGCAUUGCUCUCCUCCACCUGAACACAGCACAGGACUUCACUGACCUCCUCCAGCAGGCCAAGAAGAACCUCACUCUGGACGGCAAAGAGCUCACAGUCAGCCCCGCGUAUCUGUUCUGGGACAUCAGUGCUGUCUCACAGUCCAAGCAGGACGAGGAUGUGUCAGCCAGCCGCUUUGAGGACAACGAGGAGUUACGCUAUUCACUACGGUCUGUGGAGAGACAUGCCCCCUGGGUGCGUCAUAUCUUCAUUGUCACCAAUGGGCAGAUCCCCUCCUGGCUUAACUUGGACAACCCCCGCGUUACUGUGGUUACACAUCAGGAGAUCUUUCAGAACCAGUCCCACCUUCCCACAUUCAGCUCUCCAGCCAUUGAGACGCACAUCCAUCGCAUUCCAGGCCUCUCGCAGAAGUUCAUCUACCUCAAUGAUGAUGUUAUGUUUGGCAAGGACGUGUGGCCUGAUGAUUUCUACAGCCACUCAAAGGGCCAGAAGGUGUACCUCACCUGGCCUGUUCCUAACUGCGCUGAGGGCUGCCCAGGUUCUUGGAUCAAAGAUGGCUAUUGCGACAAGGCCUGUAACAACUCUGCCUGUGACUGGGAUGGCGGAGACUGCCUGGGUACGGCAGGAGGCAGUCGUUUCGGUGGCGGUGGCGCUGGAGGUUCGGUGAUCGGAGGUGCACAGCCCUGGCAGUUCGCAGGUGGAUUGGGAGGCCUAGGGGGUGUGUCCUUCUGCAAUCAAGGCUGUGCUAACUCCUGGUUAGCUGACAAGUUCUGUGACCAGGCGUGCAAUGUGCUGGCCUGUGGGUUUGAUGUGGGAGACUGUGGACAAGAUAACUUCGGCCAACUGUACCGAGUCGUCCUACAGAGGAAUAAGACACAGUACGCGCUGCCUCAGGGUGAGCUGAGGCCCUAUUUCAUCUUCUCUGCAUUUGCUAACCGUGUGUCAGAGGCCCAGGUCGGCGAUAACCCUAUGGUGCGUCACACAUCUGUUGCCAACAAGUGGAAAACCAUCCACCUGCUGCUGCUGCCAGGCUACAAUGCCACCCAGAUCCACUACAACCUCACCUUUCAGGGUACUGGCGACCACGAGUUCAUGAUGAGCAUCACUGUAGCUGUGGACACCCGUGAACUCCCCAAGCGUAAUGCAUCUGACUCCAUGCAGGACAAAGGGAACGAGGAGCACAAGCCUACUGUGGCCACCCCAGAACCAGAGGUUCAGUUUGCAGACAUCCCAGUUGAGAAACAAGCCCCCAAAGUAAGAAAAAAGCCCUCUGGAGAGGUGGAGGUGAUCGUGGAGGUCCCUGCAUUGAACACAUCUCUUUUGCCUGAGGUCGUGAGGCACGAGCUGCAGAGGCUAGAUGAAAAGCUACGUGUAGGGGACAUCACCCUGAAAGGCUACAACCUGACCAAAGCCACAUUGCUAAAGCCAUUCCAGGACAGGGCAGCAUUAGAGACUCAAACAGACAAGCGAAUAGAUGAAGGGAAAGCAGACGAAGGGGGUAUAGUAGUAGAAAGAGUUGCAGAUGCAUCUAAAUCAGAUGGCAAACAGAGCCAGAUGGAAAAGAAGGACGAACAGAAAGUUUCUCUCAUCCCUGUUAAGAUUGACAAUGAGCCCGCUUUGGCUGACCAGUCACAACUCAAGAGCACAGAAAAAUCUCCUGCGUCCAGACUGCUCGAGACACUGGUGGGGAGCAUGUCUAAGGGGAGGGGAUCAGAGGCCCAAGCCCAUGAACAAAAUCCUCAGGCCGGAGACGAGAAGGCUGAGUUAGAGCCACAUGUGGGCCGUAAGCUUCAACUCUACGUAGGCCCUGAGUGGAGUUUCCUGCCGUGGGAAAAGAGCAAAUAUUUCCAGGACCUUCUAGAGGAGAGGGAACGGUUGGAGAGAGAAUUGGAGUAUAAAGCAGAUGGCGCCGCCACUGGCCGUAGGCUGAAAGACACCUUUGCUGAUUCACUCCGUUAUGUCAACAAGCUGCUAAACGGCCAGUUCGGCUUCACUUCCCGCAAAGUGCCCGCUCACAUGCCACACAUGAUUGACAGGCUCGUCAUGCAGGAGCUACAGGACACCUUCCCUGGGGAGUUUGAUACGACGUCCUCCCACCGUGUGCGCCAUUCAGAGGACAUGCAGUUCGCCUUCUCUUAUUUCUACUUCCUUAUGAGCGCUCUGCAGCAGCUCAACGUCUCGCAGGUCUUUGACGAGAUCGACACUGACCACUCAGGUGUUCUGUCCGACAGAGAGAUCCGGACGCUCGCCACACGUAUCCACGAGCUCCCACUCAGUCUGCAGGACCUGACAGGUCUGGAGCAGAUGCUGAUAAACUGCUCUAAGACUCUCCCCAGCAACCAGACUCAGCUUCACAUGGUGAACCCGACCCAGGAGACGUACUAUGACCCCAGCAUGCCUCCAGUUACCAAAGGUCUCGUCAUUCACUGUAAACUAAUCGCAGAGAAAAUCCAGAAAGCCUUCAAAGACCAGAACAAAUACAAGUUUGAGAUUAUGGGAGAGGAGGAGAUCGCCUUUAAAAUGGUACGAACCAACGUUUCGCAUGUGGUGGGGCAGCUGGAUGACAUAAGGAAGAACCCAAGGAAGUUCAUCUGUUUGAAUGACAACAUUGACCACAGCCAUAAGGAUGCCAGCACAGUUAAAGCCGUCCUGAGGGACUUCUACGAGUCCAUGUUUCCAUUGCCCUCGCAGUUUGAGCUGCCUCGAGAGUAUCGCAACCGCUUCCUCCACAUGGGAGAGCUGCAGGAGUGGCGAAUAUACAGGGACAAGUUGAAGUUCUGGACACAUUGUGUACUGGUGACGUUAGUCGUUUUCACCGUCAUCUCCUUUUUUGCUGAACAGCUGAUCGUGCUGAAGCGGCGGCUCUUCCCCAGACGCAGAGUCAGCAAGGAGAGCAGCUCGGAACGAGUAUGAAGACAGGAGAGUGUGCAUGCUCCUUGUUCUCUGCCCCCACGUUUUGUCCUCUUUGCGGGUUUGGAAUGUGGAGAGUGAGCUCUAAAUGUUUGUGGACUGAGAGCUGACCCUCUGUCCCCUGCCGUGGCACUGUCACCGCCAUGCUUUAGCCCAGUACAGCAUGAACAGCAUGACAGCACAGAUGUAACGCUCUCUGGGGGACCGAAUCACAGAGGCUAUUAGAAGAAAUUUCCUGUUGGAGUUUGAAAUGGGACCAGUUCAGGUGGACCAUGCAUGCUUCCUCCACAAGUGGGCGACAGUGAGACACUGCUGUGCAUGGCGUGACCAGCUAGUUUCACUGAAACACUCCAGAUGAGUCUGCUGUCCUGAUCUCAGUGGAUUUAUGUGAGCAAAGCGGUGCGGUACUGAAUGUCACGUUGCCUUCUCUGUUUGGCUCACAACCCUUUGACUAAUAAGAUUUUAAAUGAAGGGGUAAUAAUUAUGAUGAGUUUUUUUUCUCUCUCUCUGUUCAAGCUCUGUUUCUUUCUGUACUGCAUAUCAGUGCCUUCUCUGUAGUGUCAGUGAAGGCGGUGGAGUCUGAUGCACUGCUGGAACUCUGUUCUCUGCUUAUAACUGUCUUUAUAUCUGCCUUUGUCCCUUUUAUAGAACAUACGUGAUACAGAAACAGCACAAUAUACAAGAGAGGAUUAUCAUUGAUUGUCCAGCUCCUAAUCAAUCAGCAUUUUCUUUCUUUCUUUCUUUCUUUCUUUCUUUCUUUCUAGGCAGAAUGCCUUAUGCCUUUCCAUCUUUCCAGUCUUUCUUUUUGUCUGCAUUUGUUUGUCUUUCUGUCUUUCAUGUCUGUCUUUCUUUCCUUCUGUCUGCCUGUCUUUCUUUUUAUCUUUCUUUCCUUCGCUUUCUGUUUCUUUUUUUGUCUUUUCUUUCUUUCAGUCUUUCUAUCUGCAUUUCUUACUGUCUGUCUUUUGAACCCUUCUGUCAUCCAUGUCUGUCCUUCUUUCUGUCUGUCUUUUUUUUCAUCUUUCUUGCCUUCUUUUUUCUAAUCGUCUGGCUUUCUUUUCUUCUUCUUUUGUCUUUCUUCCUGUCUGUCUUUAUUCUGUCCAUCUGUCACUUUUUCCCCCCAUCUCUUUCCUUUUUUGUCUCUUUCCAUCUGUCUUUUUAUUUUUUUUUCUUCAUUUUCUGUUUGCCUUUCUUCUGUCUUUUUCUUUUUCUUCUUUCGUUCAGUCUUUUAAACCAUCCUGUCUUUCAUGCCUGUCUUUGUGUCUUUUUUAACUUUUUGUUUUCUUUCUUUUUGUCUUCUGUCCAUUAUUCUUUCCAACUUUCUUUCCUUCUCUUUCUUUGUCUUCCUUUACAUGUAUUUUAAUUCUGCCUUUCUUUCUUGCUUGGUUUCUCUCUUUUGCUCUCUCUUUAAUGCACGUUGAUGAGGUCCAUGAUUGUAGCCUGAAGCCAUAUGUGUGUUAGUUCAGAAACGUUGACAGCAUGCUGUACACCUGAUUCCGUAUCUGCACCUUGACAUACGUUUCCAGGGAGUUGUGAACAUUUACAGACAUUUUUUCGAUAUUUUUUCUUGACAGAAAGGAAUGGUACGGUAGUCUGUUGCUUUGUGGAAUGUAGUCUUUUCAGAUCUGAGUUUGACCACAUUCCUUUGCUUCUCAGACAACAAUCACAAGCUCGUACAUUGUCUAGAUGAAACUGGCAACUGACGUGAACCUGCAGAUCAGGUUUCUGCUCUUCUUAUCUGUGUCAGCUCCACCUUGUUAAAGCCGAUGUGUAGAUGAACGAGUGCCAAUUGUGACCUGCUGUCACUCUGUAUGUCCGAAUAGGAGACCUUGUGCAGAUUCUGCAAUCGCAUGUACAACGUUUAGGGAAUUAAUUGGUGAAUAAGCAGAGAUCUGCACAAACUCUGUGGAACUCAUAUACAACUCAUAGUACUCAUCUUGAGGUCAUGCAAACUUGAAUGCUGCUUAACUUUUUUGGGUAGAACUGAGGAAAGCAUCAGUAUUUCUUCAUUUGAACUGUGACGCUAACUUAAUGGACACAAACUGAACAUUUUCAGUCCGGUGUUUUACUAAAUGACGUUUUUCUAGAGACAAUUAACAGCUGAUCAGCGACGAAAUGUCUACAUCUGAAACUCUGAAACAGCUUACUUAAGCAGCACAGCUAGAUUUCAGCUGUCUGCCAUCUCAGUAACUUUGUAAAGUGAUCCCUAUGUCUUGUUUUUUUCCCUCAGGUUCUAAAAAGUCAACAGAUCCAUUAAGCAGGUAUUCAGAUAUGUAUGGCCGAAGGUACUGAAACAGUUCUCUGUCCAGUGUAACUAAAAGUAAUUAAGGUGCCAUUUUUUUUAAUUAAACGAAAAUCUCAGCAAAAUUUCAGUGCAAUCUAUAAUGUGUAGAAUAAACAUUUUCUGGCCGAAGUUGACUGG